CACAGUCACUUCCUUCACUCAGUCAGACUGCACUGCUCCAUUCGUGUUGACUGCCCAGAGUCCACGGAUACCGCCCUGCACCUCUCACCACCACCUCAAAUUCAAUCUGACCAGAAAUAUACACCAAAGCAUAUCCUUGUUCCUGCACAUCUCCAGACCAGCCGUGACAACAGCUACAUUCCAGCAACCCUGUCAGUUUCUGUUCAGGCAUGUCGCUCCACAGUUUUGGCCUGGAGCCUCUCUCUUGCCACGCCUGGAACAAAGAUAGGACCCAGAUUGCAGUGAGUCCUAACAACAAUGUGGCAAUAAUCUACGAGAAGAAAGGCAGAGAGUGGGUUAAAAUCCAUGAGCUGACGGAGCACAGUGGACGAAUCACAGGCAUUGAUUGGGCCCCAGAGUCCAACCGUAUAGUGACAUGUGCCUCCGAUCGUAACGCCUAUGUGUGGACUCUGAAGGAUGGCGUGUGGAAGCCAACCCUGGUCUUGGUGCGCAUCAACCGUGCAGCCAGCUGUGUGAAGUGGUCACCACUGGAGAACAAGUUUGCCUUGGGCAGCGGAGCUCGAAUCAUCUCUGUCUGCUACUUUGAGAAGGAGAAUGAUUGGUGGCUGAGUAAGCACAUCAAGAAGUCUGUGCGUUCCACGGUUUUGAGCUUGGACUGGCAUCCCAACAAUAUCUUGCUGGCAGCUGGGUCUGCAGACUUUAAUUGCAGGGUUUUCUCAGCCUACAUCAAGGACAUUGAGGACAAGCCUGGACCCACUGCCUGGGGUGCGAAAAUGCCUUUUGGAGAGGUGCUGCUGGAGCAUAAAGACUGUGGAGGCUGGGUGCACAGUGUCUCCUUCUCCCCCAGCGGAGACCAGCUGGCUUGGGUGGCUCAUAACAGCAGCAUUGCUGUGGCAGAUGCUGCCCACGGGAAAGAAGUGACCCAGAUGACCACUGACUAUCUGCCACUGCUGAGCGUGCUCUAUGUCAGCCCGUCUGAGAUUGUUGCAGCGGGCCACGAAUGUUGCCCAUAUCAGUUUACCUAUAAAGGUCCCAGUUCUCUGGAGUUUGUGAAGAGGCUUGAUAUCCCAAAGCAGACCUCAAAGAUUGGCAUUUCAGCCAUGCAACACUUCCAGAACCUGGACAAGAGGGCCACUGAUGACGACAAAAAUGAGCUUGACACCCUUCACCAGAACAGCAUUACGCAGCUGUGUGUGGUAUCUGGUGAAAAGGCUAAAGUGGAGAAAUACAGCAGCGUAGGGCUGGAUGGAGCCAUGGUGAUCUGGGAUUUUAAGCAUUGAGAGACCCCAGUAUGUCAGUCCUUGAGUUGUUACCCACAGGGUCAACCAAAACAUCAACAAAUCUUCUGUGGAAUAUAACUGCCACUAAAUCCAUGUGCUAACAGGUGUAACUUUCUGUGUGCUUUAAGUACCUAAAAGAUAAUGUCUGCACAUGUGCUUUUUAAUAAAAAUGCUUCUACGUAU